CACUCUCAAAGCCAAACAUUACUACGUGAAUAUAUACACAAACACACAGAGGUGGUACGGAGGUUUGUGCUUCAUCCCUCCUGAUGAUGAAGACUCAUGAAUGUUUGACUGGUCACGUCCUUCUCACAGUCAGAUCAUCAGAGUCUUUAGAUACCUGGAGGCUGAACACAGAUGUUUUACAGCAUGUCAGCGGUGACCAAUCAGCCUCUUCCCUUCGGUCGACUGGAGCGAGAGAAGCACAUCCAAAUGAUCUUCAAAGCUUUCCAGAACCGCUGUGGGCCUUCAUGUGAAUGCCACACUCACUCGCCAGGACCCAAAUGCCACCAAACGCCUCCUGACUGGAAAUCUGAAGAGCAGCUGUCAGAUCUGGCUCCUGGGAGGAACAUGGAGAACAGCUACACGCAGCCACCAGAGAAAGUGAGCAAGCCAGAGGUGGAGGAGCAGUGGCCUGGAGGUGCAGCAGGAUCACACUUUAUGUCUGUGCUGGAAACAGUCAAUCAAAUACAUAUCACUGCCAGACAAGAGCUGCAAGGUCCACAAUGUGUUCCCAGGAGGAUCUACAGCAUAUCCACAGGAAGCCGCGGCUCACAGCUAUUUGUAGUUGUGGAAGAGAGUUCCUGUGCGUGCCUCCAGUGCUGCGGUCCAGCUCGGGCCUGUUCUUUGCAGGGCUUCGACUGUCAGGGCCGGCAGGUCUUUUAUUUUGAAAGGCCCCUGAGAGUAGACGCCUGCUGCCUCGGCUGCUGCCUGAUGGAGAUGAGGGCCUACACACCUCAAAAACAUCUCAUUGGCACUGUAUGUCAGAGGUGGAGCAUGUUCACCCCUUUCCUGGAAGUGUGUGAUUCGGAAGGAGCAUCGACCAUCAGAAUCCAGGGCUCCUGCUGUCCACAACGAUGCUUUUCCAACCAGCAAUUCCAGGUUGUCUCCAACAUUGGUGAGAAAAUGGGCACAAUAUGGAAGAAGUGGCCUGGCUUCAACGACGACUAUAACAUGGACCAUGAAUAUUUUGGGUUGGAGGUGCCACUGAGUAUGGAAUCACACAACAAGCUGCUGCUGCUGGCAGCCACUUUCUUGUUGAAUUACAUGUUCUUUGAAAUGAGCUGAUGAAUCAAGAGUAAAACUGACAUCGUGGAAAGAGGACUACAACUAAUGAGGCGCACCUGCCGAGUCAGUUUAUGGUACAAGAGACUGCAUCAUUGAAUUGUAUUUUUGGAACAACAGUAAGGGCUGGUGUGGCAUUAAAGGCUUUCCUUCAACAAUUCAGUUUCAACAGACAUUUAUGAAAGAAAAGGACACUGAACCAGCUUUAGCAGCAGAUGCAUAUUUGACAUUUAUUGCUAUAAUCCAUCAGGUGUACAUCCAAACGUGUUUCUGCACUUUUGAUACACACCUGCACCCAUCAUCACACCACCAAACACAGGCAGCAUUACAGUUUUUCAACAAACUAUAGGCGCUUUCUUGACAUGAUUCCAAAACAAAAUGAUCC